CCUUUGUCAAGAGAAUACCACUAUGGCAAUAACUUUGGUUAUAUAGUGGCUUUCAAGCCAUUUGGUGAGAAAGAAUGGAGAAGAGUUACAGUUACUAAUCCCGAAAUUGGUCGGUAUGUCCACAAGGAUGAAUCAAUGCCACCUUCAACCCAGUACCAAGUAAAAGUGAAGGCUUUUAACAACAAAGGGGAUGGACCAUUCAGUCUCACUGCUGUCAUUUAUUCAGCACAAGAUGCUCCAACUGAAAUACCUACAGAUGUGAGUGUAAAAGUUUUAUCAUCUUCUGAAAUGUCUGUUUCUUGGCACCAUGUUUCUGAUAAAUCUGUGGAAGGAUAUCAGAUUCGUUACUGGGCUGCUCAUGAUAAAGAAGCAGCUGCACAGCGGGUACAAGUGAGCAAUCAAGAAUAUUCAACCAAACUGGAAAACCUGAAGCCUAAUACUCGCUACCAUGUAGAUGUUUCUGCCUUCAAUAGUGCAGGCUAUGGACCUCCCAGUAGAACCAUCGACAUUAUUACUAGGAAAGCACCUCCAAGCCAACGUCCAAGAAUUAUUAGUUCUGUAAGAUCUGGUUCAAGGUACAUCAUCACCUGGGAUCAUGUGAAGGCAAUGUCAAAUGAGUCUGCAGUUGAAGGAUACAAAGUACUGUACAGACCAGAUGGACAACAUGAAGGCAAGUUGUUUUCGACUGGAAAGCACACAAUAGAGGUCCCAGUCCCCAGUGACGGUGAAUAUGUUGUUGAGGUGCGAGCACACAGUGAAGGAGGAGAUGGAGAAGUAGCUCAAAUAAAAAUUUCAGGUGCCACUGCUGGAGUACCGACUCUGCUGCUGGUCCUGGUGGUGCCCACCCUGGGCGUCCUCGCCUGCGCGGGAUUCUGAAUGUAGCUGGGUUUACCUUGUCCUCCGCCUAACACAAAGGACUCCCUUUGAAGAUGAGGACCACGACUUUUUGAUUCCUGUGGCACCAUCCUAAGCCAAAUAAAUUACUUUAAGAUAAAUGACCCUACUGAUUUCCUAUGAACUUUAAGAGGACUGAGGCAUCCAGGAACUCCUUCAUGAAGUAAAUCAACUUUUGAAAGGCUAAGAAAUAUUUUUAACUUGUUCCAAUAUGCCUUAUAAAACACUUAUGCUGAUCUGUGACAGUUGCAUGAUUCGGUCCAACGGGGCAAGUUACAGUGUUAAAACCCAAUAACAUAGGCUGUACAGUGAAAGUAAAAUCACCAUACGUAGGUGCUUUAACUUGAAUAACAAAUUGUGAAAUAUAAUAGAGAUCGAAAUGUUGAUUGUAUGUGAUAAAUGUAAGAGUACUACGUCUGUCUGUACUAUCCUAUAUGUUUUGUGUACUGCAUAUUUUUGACUGGCCCCAUCAUCAUUUAUUGGGAUUACAGGUUUUUAGAGAGACAGUCAAAGCAAAAACAUUUCAUUUUUUCCAAGCUGUAUUUCUUGCAGCUAUUGGGUAAAAUUCGAAGGACUUGAAAUAAAAGUCAGUGUCAAGGAAUUUUUUAUUUUAAAUAUGUUCAGGACACCCGAGACAUGCAUAGCAUGCUCAGCUUAAAGGAAUUUACCUGUGCUUCACUGACACAAGAUUUACCAUAUUCCUUCUCUUAAAACAAUUUUGUUGAGAAAUUGUCUUAUGGUCGUUGUUGCUGAUUUUGGGAGUCAAAUGUCAGCUUUCAGGGAAGCAGCGUAACGUACUGGUUUUGAUUUUGUAUUCUUGCUAUUAUUAUUAUUAAGGUAGCCAUAUAACACUUAGGAGUUUGGAGACGGAGUCCAUAUUAAGAUCAGCCAAGUGGACCAUGAAAUGGUAGGAAAAUGUAUGCUAUUUUUUAAAGUUAAAAGAUUUAAAAUAUAAAAAAAAAGAAAAAGAUAUACAAUAAAUGGCAAAAACAGAGUAGCACAGUAAAAAAAAUUAUUAUAUUUACAUUUUUAUGCUGCAGAUGCCAGGUGUUACCUUCCUGUAAUGAAGGCGUACAUUUGGGACAAUUAUAUGCUUUUUCAAGAACUUCAUAUUAUUCUAAUGUUCAUAGUGUUGUAAAUAAGAGUUUUAAAGUUCUGAGACUGUUUCCCUAUUUGAUAGAGUACUGAAUGAUCCAACUGUGUCUUAGUACAUGAAAGUCAGAUCCCAACUGUUAGUCAAAGCUAAAUGUUUACUACGGCCUUUGCAAAAUGGGAACUCUAUUAGAGAUAGAGAAUGUUUUUGUUCUGACUGUGUCUAGAGUGUUUCAGUGUUGGGGUUUUUGUUGGUUUGUUUGGGUUUUUUUAAGUUGUUAAAGAAAUGCACAUUCCUUUCAUUUUCCAUGGUGUGCUGGGAAUUAGUUUGAGUGUGAAUGUUGAAGAAACACAGUGAUAUUGAAUCAGCUGGCUCAAGUAAUAGUGCAAUGUCUGAUGCUUCAAGAAUUACAAGCUUUGAAUCAUAUUUUAUUAGCACAACCUUGCUAGCUACUUAGAAAUAGAUUUUAUCUUUUUAGAACUGAUACUGUAGAGGUCCGUAAUAAUAAUAUUUACAUGAAGCAAGAAUAGUUCUAUUAAUAAUUUACACCCCCCUCUUUUAUUUGUAUAAUUUUGUACUGUAUAUUUACAUGUAAAAGUGUAGAGUCUUCAUUAAGAAAUAUCAAUAAUACUGUUUUAGUUUAAUUUUAACUAUUUGUUACAAGAUGAAAAUUUUUUAAAUAGGUGAAAGUGAUAACUUCCCUAUAGAGGAAUGUCAAAGUGUCAAACACUACUGAGUUUCAUAAAUUGUAUAAUUAUUUGAAAGAGAAAUGAGCUGUCUUCAUACAUAAGAAACUAAUAUGCUGUAAGCCUUCUGUACAAAAAAAUUGUGGUUUAUUGUGUUUCAUUUUGUUUGGUUGUUUUGCAGUAUGACUCAUUUUUAUAUAAUCUACAACCACAACUAAAUCUUUUGCCAAAUGCAUGAUUGCCUUUUACUUUUCUAAUACAUGGUGUAAAAAGCAAAACUGUUUAGUUUUUGCAUGGAAGUGACCUGGGAAAGAAAGACACUUCUGUUUUUUAAAUCAGCAACACAGAUGAGGUAGGUCUCACAUACUGAUCAAAUAGUUGGAGAUUUUUCUGUUUCACAUAAUUGUGUAAAUUUGACUGGGACCUUCAGUUUCAAAUUGUUGUCAAGUAAAACUAACUAAAUGUAUCAUCUGCUUUAAAACGCAAGGUUCUUAAUUAAAGUUUAUAUAGAGACAUAUUUGUUGUUUCUUUAUAUUUCAGGAAAAUUGAUAUUACUAUUAUUUGAUACUGAUGAAUAUUGAACUGUUUUUUUAGUUACUUUUUAUCUUUUUUUUUUCAAAUGAGUAGAGCAGGACUGUGCUUUGUCCUUUUUAUGAAUGAAAAGUAAAUUACAAUUAAAUAAAUGUAUUAAUGUUA